AUGAUACUUACACCGGCAUGGCUCUUUGUUUUCGUUACUCCUAUUCAGACCGUCUCAGGGAGAGCUGUUCUCCCCGUUCCCUCUCCACCGAUGGUCGAUUCUAGCGUCCGCGUUCCCCUGCAGAUUCUCCCCCUGGGAGCAUCAAUUACUUGGGGCAAGAACUCGCUUACGGGAAAUGGGUACAGAGGCUUCCUCCGGGAUCAGCUGAGACAGGCUGGGUGGGAGGUCGACAUGGUCGGGAGCAAACACCACGGUGAGAUGGAAGACAACGACCUUGAGGCGCACCCAGGAGAUACGAUCAACAAGGUGAAAGCCGCAUCUGUACACUCUUACCGCUACAAGCCCAACGUCGUUCUGAUCAAUGCCGGGACCAACGACUGCCGCCUCAACAACCACAUCUCCACUGCUGGAGACCGGAUGAGGUCUUUGAUCGAGGGGUUCCUGCACGCAGGAGACACCGACACUGGACCGCUGAUCGUCCUGUCUACCUUACUACCAUCAGGACAACGCAGGACCGCAAAGAACGUCCCGCUUGUGAACAACCAGUACCGCGAUCUAGUUCAGGCGAUGCGCAAGGAAGGCGUUUCGAUUAUCCUCGCGGAGAUGAAUUCAGAGGACUCCGACAUAAAGUAUCCGGAAGACUAUAUGAUCGACGGCAGGGUCGAUAGCACGCAUCCCAAUGACCGGGGAUACGAAAAGAUGGCGCGCAUCUGGUACGAGGCUAUUGUCGAUGCUGCCGGACAGGACCUCAUUCCCCGGCCGAUAUGUUACGGCGAUGUGGAGAAACUGAGCCCCCCGUAA